AUGUCCGCUUCGCACCCACAGCAAGAGAUGCGGAACCAAUCAGUCAACUCACUUGCCCUGCUCUCCGCACGGUACACAGCAACAUGUGUGGAAGUCCUAACUAUGAUGUGUGCAGCACAUCUCUAUAUAGUCUGCCAGGCGUUAGACUUGCGCGCAAUGCAAAUGGAGUUCUUCAAAACAGCCAAGGCAGCAUGCCAAGCGUCCUUUUAUGGCCUCUUCAACCAUAUCGGAACACCCAAGGAUCCAUCGAGUCAUUCGCAUUUUGACCCGAUAUGGUCUGCUAUUAGGGCCUCAUGGUUAGACAGGAACCGUCUAGACCUAGAGGAAAAAUGUGCCCAAGUUUCCCGUGACUGCUUGGGGCAGAUGGUUAGCAGCGUUAGCUUGGAUGAGACGGGGUACUCUCACCAGGAAUGCUGGGGACUCAUUCGACGCUGGAAGGACUUGCUCCCUACUAUCCUGGUAGACUCCCACCGAAAGACACGCGAGGCGUUCACUAAGGAUAGGGCUACCCCUCAAUAUCUGGGCCAGAGGACAGAGCAAGUCUACCUUUUUGUACGGGAACAGCUACAAGUGCCAUUUCACCUAGGCGUCAAAGACCACCCUGGGUUCAAUAAGGACGACGGAGAGGAGGUAAAGCGAACAAUUGGAACUUAUGUCAGUCGAAUCUACACCGCAAUUCGCAAUGAAGAGAUGGCAAGGCUUCUACUCGAUGUGACGGAAGGCCUGGACUGGUAA